AUGCUCACUAGAUUACAAAAUGGCACAAUAAUCAUAAACAGCGACGUGUUCAGCGGAGUUUUGUUUUCAUCUGGAUCCCUCCAGUCAGCACAGUACUGGAAGCCUAGUACAGCUAACUACAUUUUUAUUGGUUCAGCUUCAACAGGGCUACAUGCAGAGAAGGAGUAUGCAUUGUUUCUCUUUACAUGUGAAGAAUCUACUGAUUCAUAUCUAAGCGCAGAGGAAGUUGAUCUGUGGUACAGGGAAUGGCUUCACGAGACACGAGUGUGUCAGAUGUUUUGGGACACUGAGGUAUCUUUCUUUUCUGAAGAUACGUCGCUCCACAAAGUAGCAGGGACAGAUGAAGAUAGAGAUUUCACUAUGGGCCUUUUCCUCUUUGAAUGUUUCACUUCACCGUUCCCACUAUCACUAUCCAAAGACCGCGAUAGCAUUUUCCUAACUCAUCCAAUGGGCAGGGCCAUUAGGUGGUUGAAGGGGUUGUUUGGAAUAAAGACAGACAGAGAGAGCAAAGAUAAUUCAAAGCCUAGUACCACAUGGUGCCACUCAGACAGGGAUCCCAAAGGUUUAUGUCAUAAUCCUACCACUAUUCCUCCCAAUAUUUCACCUGCUGAGGCUGCCUGGCUACAAUCCUUCUACUCAGAAACUGAAAAGGAGCAGAACAAGCAUGCCAUUGCAGUUGCUGCAGCCACUGCAGCUGCAGCGGACGCUGCUGUAGCUGCAGCUCAGGCUGCCGUAGCAGUGGUUAGGUUAACUAGUCAUGGCAAUAGCAGAGACACCAUGUGUGGUGGUGGACAAGAAAGGUUGGCUGUUGUCAAGAUUCAAACCGUGUUCAGGGGAUACUUGGCAAGGAAGGCAUUGAGAGCCUUAAAAGGAUUGGUGAAGUUACAAGCUCUAGUGAGAGGGUACUUAGUGCGGAAGCUAGCAGCAGCAACCCUGCACAGCAUGCAGGCUCUAAUUAGAGCUCAAGCAACAGUAAGAUCUAAGAAAUCUCGGGGACUCAUGAGCACAAAGAAUGAAGCACACGGAUUUCAAACACAAGCGCGAAGAUCCAUGGAGAGAUUUGAUGACAUAAAGAGUGAGUACAUAGCUCCCAUCCACAGCAGAAGGCUAUCAUCCUCCUUUGAUGCCACAAUGAACAAUGCAAACAACAGUGGUGAUGGGAGUCCAAAAAUUGUGGAAGUGGACACUGGCAGACCAAAGUCAAGGUCUCGCAGGAGCAACACAUCAAUAUCAGAUUUUGGUGAUGACCCAUCAUUUCAGACACUUCCAUCUCCUCUCCCAUUCACUCAUUUAUCCAUACCAAACCACAGAACUUUCCACGACUCAGAGUGGGGCUUAACUGGAGAAGAGUACAGAUUCUCUACAGCACAAAGCACUCCACGCUUCACCCCCAACUCUUGUAGUUGUGGCUCUCUUAUUGUUGCACCUACGACACCUAAAAGUGUUUGCACAGAAAAUUUUUUCUAUGAACAGUACCACAAUUUUCCAAACUACAUGGCCAACACUCAGUCUUUCAAGGCCAAAUUGAGGUCUCACAGUGCUCCAAAGCAGCGUCCGGAUCCUGCUCCAAGAAAGAGGCUUACCCUCAAUGAGAUGAUGGGGUCUAGGAGUAGUUUAAGUGGGGCUAGAAUGCAAAGGUCUUGCUCACAGAUUCAAGAAGCAAUUAAUUUCAAGAAUGCUGUGAUGAGUAAGCUUCAGAAGUCUACAGAAUUUGGUAGGGAGACACCACCAACUUUUCCAACCAGAGGAGGCGGAGAUUGGUGA